UGUGCAAAGUUUGGGUCGGUCUAUCCUCAUGAAGACCCCAGGCAAAAUCAGUGAGAUACUAAGAGCUUGGAAGAGCAGCUCUGUAUGUGUGUAAGUCUAAAUAUAAAUACAGGCCACCCCCUCUUGAGAGUUGCAGCAGGACCGUUUAGUUUGUGUCAUACUGAUAAUAUUCGUACAGGGCAACGCUACUGCUGAGGGUGUCAUCUGUAAGGAAAGCGAAACGAGUCAACUACUUUUUACAAAACCCUGGGAUCUAUUGGAAGAAAAGACAAGUUUAAGGCAGAAAAAAGAUCCCUGGAGGAUGGAGGACCAAUCAAUAAGUACAGCCAAAGCCACAGAAGAUAAACCUGUCAAGAAAUCAGUGGCUGAGCUGGCAGGCAAGUUCAAAGGUCAAGCCAUACCCUCACCUGCAGGAAAGGACGUGCUACAGAACAACAGGGUAAAUCGACGGAGACCCCCUUCCUCACUUGCGCUGCAUGACACGAAAAAAGAAUCUGGACAAUGCGAAGAAGAGAAAGGGGCCACCAAUGCCUCUUCACUUUCUCUCAAAGUGAAGACCAAGAAUUCACCUCUCAUUGAAAAACUGCAGGCCAACCUGGCAUUAUCUCCCAAUGCCUUGCUGCCAUCUCCCAAGAGUCCUGGACUGAAGCUCCACCCCUCCUCCUUCCCCUUCGCCAGUCCUUCGUCCACUCCCAGCAGCCCCGGCGUGCGUUCCCACUCCAGUGAAGAAGAGGCAUCUGCCAGCUUUGACAAACCAGCAGAGGGCACUGUGUUACACAACAUAAACAAGGGACGAGCCCGCCUCUCCAUCAAGCGCAGACCACCAAGCCGGAAGCUCAGGAAGUCAUCAUCUGAAGAGCCCACAGGCAAGACUCCAUCCCCCAGCCAGGAGCAGCCACGGCAGAAUGGAGAGGAUGACGUGUUUGAAGCAGUCAAAGUAGAGGAUCCCAAAGAAGACAACAAGCCCUCAAUGAAAGAGCCUGAAGGAUGUGUAAAGAGCUCUGAAGGGGACAAGCUGCAGGAUGGCCCCAAGUCCAAAACACUGGGGGAGAGUAUAGAGCACAUGGGCAAGGUUUCACAGGAAAAACCGGACAGGCCACAGGAAACCCCAGAGGCUUGUGAGAGUGUGGAAGCGGAGCACAGGCCCAGCAAGAAAGCCCAGGCAGAGACUAGAGCCUUGGACAAUACCCCUGGAGAUAUACAGGCUGCUGGCUUGAGCAGCAACAAUGAAGAUACAAAAACUGGAGAGACCAGCAAGGAGGAGGAAGAGGUGAAGGCAAAUCAGGAAGAGGUGAAGACAAAUCAAGAGGAGGAGGUGAAGACAAAUCAGGAGGAGGAGGUGAAGACAAAUCAGGAGGAGGAGGUGAAGACAAAUGGUUCAGAUGACAAGGACAAACAACCUGAGGGCGAUGGAAACUGAGGUGACUGAGAAACCAAACCUGUCCAAUCACUGGAGGCUGGUUUGCCUAUAACAGCCAAUCCAAAUAAGUCAACGAACUCCCGUCUAAGCUCAGAUUCCAGCCACUUACCAUUGCUGGAGUCCUCAGGCUUAUUCUGUCAUCUUUGUGUAUUAACCCUUAGAGUGCUGGAGGCCAGUACACUUCAUGCUCUUACAGGCGUCUCCUCUUUAUCUCAUUUUUGGGUUAUGGAAGGUUUCCGUGGAAACAGUGAUUUACAAUAACAAUGUUAGUCAAGAGAAAUCAGCUUGGAUUCUAAAAGUGUUUAUCCAUGGAGAAUGCAUAAAAGGAAGGAUUUAAAUAGAGAUACAGUGUUAAUAUGAUGCUAGUGACUUCACAUGGGUUUCCAUAUAGGCUGCCAAAUUAACAAUUAAAGCUGCAAAUAUGAGAAAGAAACAGCAGGUGUCGCUGUAUAGAAAUGACACACUCUUCAGCAGUCUAUAGGCUACGAGUGAGAAUAGAUUACUAUUCCCAAGUUAAAGAUAUACUGCUACUGUAUUUGUGCGGAAAAAAACGUAUUGAAGCUUCAUUUAAGAAAUAGCAAUGUUUUUUAUGGAAUUUAUAAAAAAUAAAAGCUCUUGUUUAUAUGUGA